AUGGAAUUCAAGAGGAACGGAGAUCGAAAGGCAAGACAAUCUGCUGCUUACCAGAGGAGGAUAAAAAGAUUGGUGGAAAAGCUUAAUGAAAUAACCAGCUUGUGCAAUGCGAGUGCUUGUUUGGUCUUUUACAGACGUGAUGGCGCCGAGAAGUUUGUGGCGUGGCCAUCUCUGGAGAAGGCUAAUUCUCUCAUCGAAAGCUAUUGCGCAUUACCGGAAAUCGAGAGGAACAUGAAUACGGAGGAUCAAGAGUCAUACCUCAAGGCCCAAACCGAGAAGAUGAAGGAGAAACUAGACCACUCUCGAAAGCGAUCAUAUGCAAAUGUUGACGAUGAGGACAUGGAGACCUAUCAAGGAGAGAGCAGCAAAUCUGGUGGUGCGGACGUUGCCUAA